AUGCCAAUUCUUUCACUCUUCUCCUCUUACUCUCAUCCAACAAUUCUUGCUUCCCAAAUUCCACCCACCUCUUCAAAACCCAAAAUCACCAAUUACCAAACUGAAAGAGGCCUUCAAUUCCAAGUGGGUGAUUCUUUUUUCCGCCAUGAAAGCUUCAUCGGCCGCGAUCUCGGUGUUCUCGCGGCCGCCCAUUACAAGCGUUCGAACCCCGAAUUACGGGUUCUUGACGCAAUGUGCGGAUGUGGUGUGCGGUCUAUUAGAUACUUGGCUGAAUCUAAGGCUGAUUUUGUACUUGCUAAUGAUGCAAAUGAAGAGAACAGGGGUUUGAUUUGUGGGAAUUUGUCCCAAAUUCCAAAGUAUUUAGAUGGUGAAAAGAGAUGGGUAGUUACUCAUUUGGAUGCUAAUAGAGUUAUGAGUGAGUGUUAUUUACAAAGGGAUUUCUUUGAUUUUAUUGAUGUUGAUUCAUUUGGGAGUGAUUCAAGUUUUUUGAGGUCUGCUUUUAAUGCUCUCAAAUUGGAUGGAUUGGUUUAUGUUACUUCUACUGAUGGUUACUCUGCUGGAGGACAUCGUCCCCAUAAUUCUUUAGCUUCAUAUGGAGCUUAUAUUCGGCCAAUGCCUUAUGCAAACGAGAUAGGGUUAAGAAUGCUUAUAGGUGGUGCAGUUCGUGAAGCUUGUGUGAUGGGAUACCAAGUUACUCCUCUCUUUUCAUAUUACUCAUACCAUGGACCUGUUUUUCGAGUUAUGUUGAGAUUUAAUCGUGGAAACCAACUAAGUCAUGACAUCAGCCAUUAUGGAUUCAUAAGCUAUUGUCAUAAUUGUGGAAAUUCUCAAGCAUUUACUUGGGGUGAACUUGGGAAGAUUUGUUGCUCCAAUUGCAAUAUUGUUCAGCAUCCUGGUUCGGUAGUUGUCUCAGGACCCCUUUGGACUGGACCACUACAUGAUGGUGGCUACCUUGCAGAGUUACUAGACUUGGCUCAACAAUGGGGUUGGAUAGGGAAUGGCGUCGGCCUCGAUUUGGAGAAGCUAAUUAGACUGAUGAUUGAUGAAAGCAAUCCAGAUUUACCAUUUGGCUACAUUAAACUUGAUCAGAUAGCUAAACGUGCAAAAGUGAAUUCUCCUCCCCUCAGAAGUUUCAUAAGCACCCUGCACCAGGAGGGUUAUGCUGCAAGUAGAUCCCAUAUAAGAUCAAAUGCGAUCAAGACAAAUUGUCCGAUGACAGCAUGUGUUAAGAUUGCGCAGGACUUUUACAAUCACCGAUUAAUUGACGACGGUAAAGUAUAAAUCAUGUCUCCAUAAAAUUUUCGUUACCAACCAUUACCACGCUGGAAGAUGGUAUUAAUUGGUGCCACAAAUUUUUCAAGGUAAAGACAUGUUUUUGAAUUAGACUCCUAUUACAUGGAUAUCGAUAUGAGGCCUUUCUUACAAAAUCAGAUCAGAACUCAUUAUCACAAUCAGUAUUACCAAAACAAACUAUAAGUUUGUGUUGAUCAAUGAUUAGUCGUGGAAUCGGGAGCUCUAAGGAGAGAUGCAAGAUAGCGGAGUUUGGGGAACUCCCAGGCAAUACAAUUCUUGUGCAUAAGACAUAGGUGUAAGCCAGUUUAGAAUAGAAGUGAAUCUUGAUCAAUGGAAGUGAUAUUGAAAGGACAUUAUUCACUUUAGAAGGUGCAAAGGACUCCAACACUAGGCAAUGAUUCCAUGAUUAUGUUUGAUCAUUCUUUGUUAUUUACUAGAGCAAUUGUAAUCCUAUAUUCAAUGAAGUAUGUAAUUGAGUUGUUUUUAUGAUCAACAGUAUUUUGAUUGCA